AUGUUCGCUUCAACUUCUGCUGUUGAUAUAAAAGGUGGUUACUGGCCUUCAUGGUUACAAAACACACUUCCUCCAUCAGAUAUACCUGCCUCUUAUUACACUCAUGUAUUCUACGCUUUCGUCCAAAAUAGCCCACAAAACUACCGGCUAGUUCUAAAACCAGAAGACGAACAAUGGAUGCCAGUUUUCACUACAUCUCUUCAGUCAAAAACUCCACGUAUAACAACUAUGUUAUCCAUUGGAGGAGGAAACCAAAGAAAUCGUGCUUAUUUCGCUGCCAUGGCUGGUAGUCCUUCUAACCGUGCAAAUUUCAUCUCGUCCACAAUUCAAGAGGCUCGUAGAUAUAAUUUCGAAGGACUUGACCUUGACUGGGAAUACCCAUUAACUCAAGCAGCCAUGGUCAAUCUAGGCACUCUCCUCACGGAAUGGCGUAAAGCAAUUAAUGAAGAAGCUGGUCGAACAGGAAAGCCAAGACUUCUUCUAACUGCCUGUUUACUUCACGCCAAGCGCUUAUAUCCUAUCAAGCGAGCUUACCACAUACCCGGCGCAAGCAGUACGUGA